CUAAGGACAGUGAGCACCUUUGCUAAUCACAACUUGCGUUGCUUAACAAGUUUUUAGAGAAUUUGUGGUUUUAUCAAUUUCAUAGGAUCAAGAGAGUGUAAAAUGCUUAAGGCAAACUAUGGUGUCGUGUUUUUUCUGACUGUUUUAGUCCCACUGGCACUUACUCAGAACUGUGACUUUGACGCGGUCCAUGCGAAAUUAAAUCGAUGCAGCAAAGUUGAACUCGCAAUUUCACCGUCAACGGCAGAAGCUUAUUUAAACGAACGGUGUCAGGACGUCGAGUGUUCCAUCCGUUGUGUGAGGGAUGCUGUUGGAAACUGCCACAAAUCUGACGCCUUUUUUAAUUUUGACCCUGCUACGAUCAAGGUUGCAUUUAGAAUGGAAUGCAACAAUUCAAAAGAUUAUGUACUUGUCUACAAUAUAGAUAACAGUACAUCCAAUGCCUAUAAGGUUCCACUAUCUAUAGACUAA